CCUCCGCCGCCCGAGCCUCCGGCGUUCGCCAUGUGGCCGCUGCUGGCCCUGUGCUGCCUGGGGGGGCUGGCGCUGGCGCUGCCGCAGAGCCCCCGGGUGCCCACCUUCGCCUCGCCGGCUCUGGCAGCCCCUCCAGCAGUAGGAGCAGCAGCAGUAGGAGCAGCAGCAGCAGCAGCGCUGCCCGACACGACGGGGAGCCGCGUGGAGCGCCUGGGCCGUGCCUUCAAGCGCCAGGUGCGGCGCCUGCGGGCGCGGAGCGGGCGUUUGGAGCUGGUGUUCCUGGUGGACGAGUCGUCGAGCGUGGGGCCGGCCAAUUUCGCCAGCGAGCUGCGCUUCGUCAAGAAGCUGCUGUCCGAUUUCCCCGUCGUGCCCGCCGCCACGCGUGUCGCCAUCGUCACCUUCUCCUCGCGCAGCAACGUGGCGCCCCGCGUGGACUACAUCUCCCGGCGCCGGCCCCAGCAGCACAAGUGCGCCCUGCUGGGGAGAGAGAUCCCCGGUAUCGCCUACCGCGGCGGCGGCACCUACACCAAGGGCGCCUUCCAGCAGGCGGCGCAAAUACUGCGGCAUGCGCGUGGCAAUUCCACAAAGGUGAUAUUUCUCAUUACUGAUGGAUAUUCCAACGGUGGGGACCCAAGACCCAUUGCAGCAUCCUUGCGUGAAUUUGGAGUGGAGAUCUUCACCUUCGGGAUAUGGCAGGGGAAUACCCGAGAACUGAAUGACAUGGCUUCCCAUCCAAAAGAAGAUCACUGUUACCUUCUUCACAGUUUUACUGAGUUUGAAGCACUGGCACGCAGGGCUCUUCACGAAGACCUGCCCUCUGGCAGUUAUAUCCAAGAAGAUAUAUCACAUUGUUCGUAUCUCUGUGAGGCAAAUGAAAACUGCUGCGACAUCAUGGCGAGCUGUAAAUGUGGCACUCACACUGGCCAGUUUGAGUGCAUCUGUGAAAAAGGAUACUAUGGGAAAGGACUACAGCAUGAAUGCACAGCUUGUCCCCCAGGAACAUACAAGCCUGAAGGUUCACCAGGUGGAAUCAGUACGUGCAUCUCCUGUCCCGACGAGAAUCAUACUUCUCCACCAGGAAGCACCUCCGUUGAGGACUGUACGUGCCGGGAGGGAUAUCGUGUUGUAGGACAAACCUGUGAAGUUGUUCACUGCCCUGAACUGAAGCCCCCUGAAAAUGGUUACUUUGUCCAGAAUGUCUGCAACAAUUACUUUAAUGCGGCCUGUGGGAUCCGGUGCAAAGCAGGAUUUGAUCUCGUGGGAAGCAGCAUCAGGCUUUGUCAGCCAAAUGGCCAGUGGUCUGGAUCAGAGGCUACUUGCAGAGUUCGGACAUGUCCCAAACUUCGGGCUCCUGAAAAUGGUCAAAUUAAUUGUUCAACAGCUGACGUCUCCUAUAAGACCGUAUGUUUACUGACCUGCAAUGAAGGCUAUGAAAUACAAGGAAAUGCCAAACUCACCUGCCUGGGAACCUCACAGUGGGAUUCAAAGGAGCCAAAGUGUGUGGAAAUGCGUUGCCCCGCCUUCCAGAAACCAGCAGGAAUAACAGUUUUCCCUCCAAGAUGUGGGCUGGAACCAGCUGUUUCUGGGACUGUGUGCCAACUGAGCUGUCCCCAAGGAUUCCUCUUGUCUGGAGCUAGAGAAGAACUAAGGUGCAUUUCAUUUGGGAGAUGGAGUGCAAACAUCCAGGAGGCUCAUUGUAAAGAUAUUGAAGCUCCUUGGAUCCGCUGUCCAGAAAACAUUGAGACUGAGACCCUGGAACAUCAGAACUCUGCUAAUAUCAGCUGGCAGAUCCCAAUAGCUGAGGAUAACUCUGGAGAUGAGGUGUCAGUGCACGUUACCCCAGCUUUCAUACCACCAUAUCUCCUCCCGAUUGGCGAAGUUGCCAUUACUUACACAGCAGUUGAUAAGUCAGGCAAUGAGGCAAGCUGUACAUUCAGUGUCAAGGUUAUUGAUGCAGAACCUCCUGUAAUUGACAGAUGCAGAUCUCCACCACCCAUACAGGCAGUAGAGAAGGAGUAUCCAGCAACAUGGGAAGAACCACAAUUUUCAGACAAUUCAGGUGCUCCACUGACUAUUGCUAGGAGUCACGCACCUGGAGAUCUCUUUCCAAAAGGAGAGACAACAGUUCAGUACACAGCCGUGGAUUCCUCUGGCAAUAACAGGACAUGUGAGAUUCAUAUUGUCAUCAAAGGUUCUCCCUGUGAAAUUCCUUUUGAGCCCACAAAUGGAGAUUUUACAUGCACAUCAGAUGAAAAAGGUGUUAAUUGCACCUUGCGCUGUGCAGAGGGUUACAGCUUUUCAGAAGGAUCAAAUGAAAACUACUACUGUGCAUAUGAGGAUGGUGUCUGGAAGCCACCUUAUUCUCCAGAGUGGCCUGACUGCUCUUUAAAUCGUUUUGCAAAUCAUGGGUUCAAAUCCUUUGAGAUGCUCUACAAAGCAACACGAUGUGAUGACAACAGUCUUCUAAAUGGCUUUUCUGAUGCCUUCCAGAGUGCACUUGGUAAAAUGGUCCCAUCGUUCUGUAAUGAUGUUGAUGAUGUUGACUGCAGAUUGGAAGAGCAGACACAGAAACAUUGCUUGGAAUACAAUUACGAUUACGAAAAUGGAUUUGCCAUUGGAGCUGCUGGCUGGGGAGCAGCAAACCAGCUGGGUUAUUCCUAUGAUGAUUUCAUUGACACGGUGCAGGAAGAAGACCUAUCCAAGCAUCUCUCUGCUUCUGCACAGGCAGCACCUACUCGAGUCAAAAGACAUAAGAAACUGAAUGUUCCAAUGACUGACCACAAAAUCAAGUUAAUAUUUAACAUCACAGCUAGCGUGCCACUGCCUGAUGAAAGGAAUGAUACACUGGAACUGGAAAACCAGCAGCGGCUUCUUAAAACUCUAGAGACCAUAACAAACAGGCUGAACAGGACCCUCAAUAAGGAACCCAUGUAUUCCUUUCAGUUUGCAUCCGAGCUGAUUGUAGCUGACAGCAACUCGCUGGAGACGGAGAAGGCCUUCCUCUUCUGCAGGCCUGGUUCUGUACUGAAGGGGAGAAUGUGUGUCAACUGCCCUUUGGGUACCUAUUACUCCCUGGAGCAUCACGCCUGUGAAAGCUGCUGGACUGGAUCCUAUCAAGAUGAGGAAGGGCAGCUGGAAUGCAAAAGUUGUCCGUCUGGUAGCUAUACUGAGUAUCUACACUCCAGGAGCAUCUCAGAAUGCAAAGCUCAGUGCAAGCAGGGCACAUAUUCAUCUAAUGGUCUUGAGACCUGUGAAACAUGUCCACUUGGCACAUAUCAGCCAGCAUUUGGAUCCAGGAACUGCAUCUCUUGCCCAGAAGAUACAACAACAGUAAAAAGAGGCGCAGUAGAUGACUCAGCUUGUGGAGUACCGUGUCCUGCAGGAGAGUUUUCUCGCACAGGUUUGACACCUUGCUACCCUUGUCCCAGAGACUACUAUCAGCCGGACCCAGGAAAGUCCUACUGCUUGUCUUGCCCCUUUUAUGGAACAACAACCAUCAUCGGUGCCAGAUCCAUCACAGAUUGUUCAAGUUUUGGCUCUACUUUCUCAGCUGCUGAAGAAAGUGUGAUGAUGAUACCAGCUUCUCCAGAAAAUAUCAGCAAGCAGUACAAAGUUAGCAGUCAGGUGUUUCAUGAGUGUUUCCUGGAACCGUGCCGUAACAGUGGGACAUGUAAACAGUUGGGAACUGGAUAUAUUUGCAUAUGCCCUCUUGGAUAUACAGGCUUGAAAUGUGAAACAGAAAUGGAUGAAUGUAAAUCAUCUCCUUGUCAGAACAAUGGAUUGUGUAAAGAUGGCGUUGGGACCUUUGUUUGCCAUUGCAAACCAGGCUAUUCUGGUCUCCUGUGUGAGGAAGACAUAAAUGAAUGUAGCUCCAGUCCAUGCUUGAAUGGAGCCCGCUGUGUUGAUGACAAGAAUGGUUACCACUGCACUUGUGCAAAAGGGUUCACAGGUGCUCACUGUGAACAUGAGGUCAACGAAUGCCUUUCAAACCCGUGUCUUAAUAGAGCUAUUUGUGAAGAUCGAGUUGGCAGUUUCUACUGCAAGUGCCUCCCGGGUUUUACUGGUGUCUUGUGUGAAAGAAACAUCGAUGAGUGUCUCAGCAGACCCUGUAGGAAUGGGGCUACGUGCAGAGAUGGUAUCAACAGCUUCAGGUGUCUGUGUGUGACAGGGUACACAGGACCAAACUGUGAAGUGAACAUCAAUGACUGUGACUCCAGUCCCUGCUUAAACCAAGCCACCUGUGUGGAUGCCUUGAACUCGUACGUUUGUAAAUGUCCCCCUGGCUUUACAGGCAGCAGGUGUGAAACAGAACAGUCCUCUGGUUUCAAUCUUGAUUUUGAAGUCUCUGGUAUCUAUGGGUAUGUCAUUCUUGAUGGUGUUUUCCCAUCACUUGGUGACAUCACCUGUACAUUCUGGAUGAAAUCCACUGACACCACCAACUAUGGGACUCCCAUUUCUUACGCAGUGGAGAACGGAAGUGAUAAUGCAUUUCUUCUGACUGACUACAAUGGCUGGGUUCUUUACAUAAAUGGGAAAGAGAAGAUCACAGACUGUCCUGCAGUGAAUGAUGGUAACUGGCAUCACAUUGCGGUCACAUGGACAUGCACGGAUGGGGCAUGGAGAGUGUACAUUGAUGGAAAGCUGUCUGAUGGAGGCACUGGGCUCUCUGUCGGCUUAAAAAUUCCUGGUGGUGGUGCACUUGUACUGGGACAAGAGCAAGAUCAGAAAGGAGAAGGCUUCAACCCAGCUGAAUCUUUUGUGGGUUCUAUCAGCCAGCUCAACAUUUGGGACCAUGUCCUGUCUCCACAGCAGGUAAAAUCUCUGGCUACAUCCUGUCCAGAAGAUCUCCAGAAAGGAAAUGUACUAGCCUGGCCAGAUUUCCUUCCAGGAGUUGUUGGAAGAGUGAAGAUAGAUUACAAGAGUAUAUUUUGUGCUGACUGUCCAUCUUUGCAAGGAUCCAUACCACAUCUGCGUGCCUCUUCAUCUGAUUUAAAGCCAGGGUCAAAAGUGAGCCUUUCCUGUGACCCAGGCUUCCAGAUAGUGGGAAACUCUGUUCAACACUGCCUUAACAUGGGACAGUGGACACGGCCUUUUCCACGCUGUGAAAGAAUCAGCUGUGGAGUGCCUCCACCUUUAGAAAAUGGGGGUUAUGCAGCUGAGGACUUCUUUGCUGGCAGUACCAUUACCUAUCAGUGCAACAAUGGCUACUAUUUGUUGGGCGACUUCGAGAUGUUCUGCAAGGACAAUGGGAGCUGGAGCAGCAUUUCACCAUCUUGCCUUGAUGUUGAUGAAUGUGCUGUUGGAUCAGACUGUGACGAGCACGCAUCUUGUCUUAACACAAAUGGAUCCUAUGUUUGCACUUGCAUCCCUCCUUACAAAGGAGAUGGUAAAAAAUGUACAGAGCCGGUGAAGUGCCGUAAUCCAGGAAAUCCAGCAAAUGGACGUUUGUACGGGGACAUUUACAGUGUUGGCAGUGAAGUAACGUUUUCCUGUGAAGAAGGGUUUCAGCUGACAGGAGUGACAAAACUUACAUGCAUGGAGUCUGGACAGUGGAGCCACCCAAUACCAUAUUGUGAAGCUAUAUCCUGUGGAGGCCCAGUUAUUCCAGAGAACGGUGUCAUUUGGGGCUCAAAUUUUACAUACCGCAGUAAGGUGAUAUACAGAUGCAAUGAUGGGUACCGCUUAGUGGGUGAAAAGGAAAUUGUCUGCCUUGCUAGUGGUGUUUGGAAUCUUCCUCCCCCCUCCUGUGAAAUGGUGACGUGUCCUAGCCCACAGAACAUCAGCAAUGGAAAAUACACACUUAAUGGCACAACCUACCUUUCCUCUGUGUCAUACACCUGUGACAAUGGAUACAGCCUUCAGGGACCCUCUGUACUUGUCUGUGCGUCUUCAGGGAACUGGAACAGCACACCGCCAGCUUGCAGCAUUGUCUCUUGUGGGUCCCCUCCUGCCAUCAAAGAUGCGAUCAUAAAUGGAAAUAACUUUACAUUCGGAAGCACGGUCUCUUACACAUGUAAGGAAGGUUACACAUUAGAUGGCCCUGCAACCAUAGAGUGCUUAGCCAGUGGUGAGUGGAGCGUGAACCACCAGCAGUGCCUGGCAGUAUCCUGUGAUGAACCACCCCAUGUGGAAAAUGCAUCGCCGCAGAGAGCCCACCGCCUCUUUGGUGAUACCGCUUAUUACUUCUGCUCGGACGGCUACAGCCUGGCCGAUAACUCUCAGCUGCUUUGCAACGCAGAAGGGAAGUGGGUGCCUCCCGAGGGCAAGACAAUGCCCCACUGCAUAGCUGAUUUCUGUGAAAAGCCAUCCACUGUCUCAUACAGCAUCCUGGAGUCCGUCAGCAAAGCCAGGUUCGCAGCGGGCUCCAUCGUGAGCUUCAAGUGCAUGGAAGGCUUCAUCCUGAACACUUCAGCCAAAAUUGAGUGCCUUCGAGGGGGUCUCUGGAACCCUUCUCCAUUGAGCAUCCAGUGCAUCCCAGUUCGCUGUGGAGAACCUCCCCACAUUGCCAAUGGCUAUGCCAGUGGGGCCAACUACAGCUUCGGAGCAGUGGUGGCUUACAGCUGCAACAAGGGCUUUUACAUCAAGGGGGAGAAGAAGCGGACCUGUGAGGCCACCGGCAACUGGAGUGGCAAUUUGCCCACAUGCCACCCAGUGUCCUGUGGAGAACCACCCCAGCUUGAGAAUGGCUUUAUUAAGGAAACAACUGGGCGCUUCUUUGAGAACCAGGCCAAUUAUCAGUGCAAGUCUGGCUACCACCUGGUUGGGAGCUCACUCUUUAUCUGCCAAGCCAAUCGGCAGUGGUACAGUGAAUCACCUCCUCGCUGCGUUCCCCUCAGCUGUGGAAAGCCACCACCCAUCCAGCAUGGCUACUCCAAAGGAGAAACCUUUGAUUUGGGCUCCAAAGUCGAGUUUUUCUGUGAUGAAGGCUAUGAGCUGAUUGGAGAUGUGUCUUGGACGUGUCAGAAGUCUGGGAAAUGGAACAAAAAGCAAAGCCCAAAGUGUGUGCCAACCAAAUGUCCAGAACCACCCUUGGCAGAAAACCAGCUAGUCUUGAGGGAGGUGACUAACCAAGUUGGUGUCGUGCAGUUCUCCUGCAAAGAGGGUUAUGUUUUGCAUGGUUCCCCUGUACUGAAAUGCUUGCCCUCUCAACAGUGGAAUGAUUCCUUUCCCUUCUGCAAGGUCGUACAGUGUCCUGCACCUCCAUACAUCCCCUUCAGUGACCCCUUGACUUCAUCCCUUCUUUUUGGUAGCACUGUGAAGUACAUCUGUGUGGAUGGGUUUUUACUGAAGGGUGAAUCUACUAUCAGAUGCCAGGCUGAUGGCUCGUGGAGCUUGCCUUUGCCAGAAUGUAUUCCUGUGGAGUGCCCCCAGCCAGAAGAAAUUCAAAAUGGCAUUGUCGAUGUGCAGGGCCUCACCUUCCUCAGCACAGCCCUCUAUACUUGUAAACCGGGCUUUGAACUGAUGGGGAACACAACUAUCCUCUGUGGAGAAGAUGGGCGGUGGCUUGGAGGAAGGCCAGCUUGCAAACCCAUUGAAUGCCCACGGCCUAAGAAGAUCCUCAAUGGCAAAUACUCGUUUACGAACUUCCACUAUGGGCAGACUGUUAGGUAUUCCUGUGACAGAGGCUUCCAGCUCCAAGGGGAGGAAACGCUGAGCUGCCUGGAGACAGGAGAGUGGAGCACAGAUGUUCCCUCCUGCAAAGCCAUAAGUUGCCAGCCCCCUCAGCCUAUCGAGAAUGGCUUUGUGGAGGGUGCAGAUUACAGCUACGGGGCCAUGGUCAUUUACAGCUGCGUGCCUGGCUUCCAGCUCUCUGGCCUUGCCAUGCAGACGUGUGAAGAAUCAGGCUGGUCUAGCUCCACUCCAUCUUGCCUCCCCACCGACUGUGGCCUACCUCCUCACAUUGAUUUUGGGGAGUACGUGCAGGUGAGGCACAGGGAAAGGCGCUCAGACCAGGAGGGCGUUACAGAGAGUCCCUCCCUUUCACACAUGCUGCUGGCUGGCAAUCCAAAGGACUUCAGAAGCUCUUCAAAGGAGAACGGUGCAAUGCAGCUGACCACUUUCUUGUUUGGAACUAUCAUUUUAUACUCGUGUUACUCUGGCUAUGAGCUCUUGGGAAACCCCAUUCUAGCUUGCCAAGAAGAAGGGGUCUGGAAUGGCUCUGCCCCCUCCUGUGUUUCCAUAGAGUGCACAAUGCCGUCGCCUCCGGAGAAUGGAGUUUUAUAUUUCACGGAGAACACGCUGGGCAGCGUGGUGCAGUACACCUGUAAGCCAGGGUUUACACUUGUUGGCUCGGACACACGAUUGUGCUUGCCAAAUCGGCAGUGGAGCAACAGUGCUCCGUACUGCAAAGCAGUAACAUGCAGCUCACCCGCCCAGCUGAUGAACGGGAGCAUAAGGGGGGAAAACUACACGUAUGGGAGCGUUGUCUACUAUGAGUGCGAUCCUGGCUACCAGUUAAUUGGCCCCGCAGAGAGGAGGUGCCAAGAGAACCAGAAAUGGGAUGGCGGUGAACCGAUUUGCAUCCCCGUUUCCUGCAGCCCGCCGCCAGUUUUGGAGAAUGGUCAAGUGUCUGGGGAGGAGUACACAUUCCAGAGGCAUGCCGAGUAUAGCUGCAACGAAGGUUUCCUGUUAGAUGGGGACAGGAGUAGAGUCUGCCUUGCAAAUGGGAGCUGGAGUGGAAUUGCUCCAGUUUGCAAAGCUGUGACCUGCCCCAUGCCUCUGCCUCUUGCCAAUGGGAGAAUUAUUGGCUCAGAUUUUGGCUUUAGGAAGGAAGUGCAGUAUGACUGCAACGAAGGAUAUAACCUGCAAGGGGCGUCCACGCUUACCUGUCAGAGCGAUGGUACCUGGGAUUCAGAAGCUCCACGCUGUGAGCCAGUCAUUUGUGGGCCUCCUGAAGACAUCUCCCACGGCUUUCUGAACGGCUCAGACUUCACCUACGGGGAAUUUGCCCAGUAUGUGUGCUUUCCUGGCUAUGAGCUGCAUGGUAAUCCUUCACGGCAAUGUUUGUCCAAUGGUUCCUGGAGUGGAAGCCUUCCAUCCUGCCUCCCCUGUGAGUGUCCUGCACCACAGAUCCAGAACGGGGUUGUCCUUGGUGAAGAUUUCAGCUGUGGGAAGAGCGCCCAGUUUCAAUGCCUGGAGGGCUUUAAACUGCUAGGGCCUUCCAGAAUCACCUGUGAGGCAGCUGGCAGGUGGAGCUCUGGGUUUCCUCGGUGUGGGCAGAUUUCCUGCGGCUCCCCACCCAUCAUCCCCAACACAUUUAUCAAUGGGAGCAGCUCUGCAGAUGAGAACACCAUCAUAUACACCUGCUUGACAGGUUUUGUCAUGCGGGGGAGCCCAGAGCUGACUUGUGUGGAGACAGGUGUCUGGAAGAAGCCGUACCCAAGCUGUGAGCUGCUGAGCUGUGGCCCACCACCUUCUGUCCCCAACGCAGAGGUUCUCGGGAACACUCAUACCUAUGGGAGCAAGGUCCAGUACAGAUGCCUGGAAGGCUACACAAUGGUGACAGAGGUGGAUGUAUGCACUUGUCAGGAAGAUGGACAGUGGUCUCCUCAAAGUAUUUCCUGUUGCCCCAGAAAGUGUCCACUCCCAGGAAACAUCACCCAUGUAAUAGUACUUGGGGACAACUUCACUGUGAAUGCAAACAUCACUUUGUCAUGUGUAGAAGGCUAUACUCUGGUGGGAGCGAGCACAUCUACAUGCAAGGAGAGUGGUGUUUGGGUGCCAGUGUUUUCCGAUGACAUCUGCAUUCCUGUGUCAUGUGGGACCCCAGAAUCUCCAGAGCACGGAUUUGUGGUUGGCACCAAAUUCAAUUAUAAAGACGUGGUUCUUUAUAAAUGUGAUCCUGGCUAUGAAUUACAAGGUGAUACGGAACGGACCUGCCAAGAAGACAAGCUUUGGAGUGGCACAGUGCCAGCAUGCAGAAGAAUUACUUGUGGGCUGCAUCCCUCAGUAGAAAAAGCAGAGGCCAUUUCUACAGGAAGCACAUACAGAAGCAACGUAACCUUUGUGUGCAGCGCUGGGUAUCAUCUUGUUGGACCCCAGAAUAUCACAUGUCUUACCAAUGGGAGCUGGAGUAAACCUUUACCAUCAUGUGAAGAGACCAGAUGCAAAGUUCCACUUUCCUUGCUGAAUGGGAAGGCGAUUUAUGAAAACAAUACAGUUGGCAGUACUAUAGCAUAUUUCUGCGAGAGAGGAUACAGCUUGGAAGGAGAACCUGCAGCAGAGUGCACAAGGGAUGGAAGAUGGAGCAAUCCCUUGCCUCUCUGUAAACCAAACCCUUGUCCUGUGCCUUUCAUAAUCCCAGAGAACGCCCUUCUCUCCGAGGUGGAUUUUUAUGUUGGGCAGAAUGUCUCCAUCAGGUGCAGGGAAGGCUACCAGCUGAAAGGGCAGGCUGUGAUCACCUGCAAUGCUGAUGAGACUUGGACUCCAACAACGGCUAAGUGUGAAAAGAUAUCUUGCGGGCCCCCAGCUCACAUAGAGAAUGCUCUCAUCCAUGGUAGCUUCUAUCAGUAUGGAGACGUGAUCACCUAUUCCUGCUACAGUGGCUACAUGCUGGAGGGGCCCCUGCGAAGCAUUUGCCUAGAAAAUGGAACAUGGACAACACCACCUACCUGCAAAGCUGUCUGUCGGUUCCCGUGUCAGAAUGGUGGGGUCUGUGAGCGACCAAAUGCCUGCUCGUGUCCGGAUGGCUGGAUGGGUCGUCUCUGUGAAGAACCAAUAUGCAUUCUGCCAUGUCUCAACGGAGGUCGCUGUGUGGCUCCUUACCAGUGUGACUGCCCUGCUGGAUGGACUGGAGCACGAUGCCAUACAGCUGUUUGCCAGUCGCCUUGUUUAAACGGUGGGAAGUGCAUACGGCCAAAUCGAUGUUAUUGCCCCUCAUCAUGGACUGGACAUGAUUGCUCUAGGAAACGGAAGGCUGGAUUCUAUCCCUUUUAACAGCAGAGCAGCAGUUUUACACUCAGAAACCUUUCUUCAACCUAGGUACCAGGGCUUGGAAUCUAAUGCAGUGUAAAUCACAUCCAUCGCUUCCCUUCCCCCCAGCUCCCUUGUUUUGUAUUUUUUUUUUUGUGAUAUAUUUUUUCUAUACACUCCAUUUUAAAAGAAAUCCUCUGUAUUUUCCAUUUACAAAAGUAUUAUCAAAUAUAUGCUGCUACACACACACCAUACACACAUACACACAUACCAAGGCAAAGAUUCCUCCUGUCCGCUGAGGAAGGAGUUGUGUAUGGCGAAUGGUCCCUCCCAUUUCUUACACACAGUAAGCUAAUUAAAACGUACUAUACUGCCAACCAUGAUUAAACAGAAUAAUGUGGCAAUCGUCUGCUUAUCACCUGCCAAGGCACAUUGAAGUCCAGCAAUCCAAUAGUAAGGAGUAGUUACGUAAGGCUAACCAGGCAGCUAAACGUCGCGUCAGGCCUGUUUCUGAACUCAACGCUGAUGUAAAUUAGAGGUACAUCUGAUAAAGCCCGUAUUGUAAGCAGAGUUUCUGGUAGGCAUAAGAACAUGCUGUAAUGUUCGUUAUGUGACGCUAAUGUCCUUGGAAAGAGACUUAAUGGAAGGCAUUGACGUGGAUUUUACCUGAGCUUUGUCGGUAAAAUAGUCAAAAAUGUAAAAGAGAUGAGAGAACAUCAUUUCGUCUGGAGAAAGGCAGGCAAUGUCUAGGCAACAACAGCCUCUGAGGCUUUUUGAUUUACAGGCAGCUCAGGUUUCACUCGAGGGCUGGAUAAUCCAGGGUGCAGCAGUGGGCAGCGGUCAGACCGCCGAAACCACCGCGUCCCACUUGGAAGGGGACUCAACACCCCCUGCCUGCAACCAGCACCCCUUUCCUGAGAAAACUACGCAGCACAUGUCUAGCAGCUGCCUGAAGUUUGGCUAGCCCUGGAGGAGGGAGAGAAGGCACAGUAGUGUUUACAGGAGAAACUUUGCAAUGUGCUUACAGCAGGGUGGUACUUGCAUCACGCAGAACCCUCAGAGAACUGGAAAAGGCCUCUCUUGAACACACACACACGGGCAGGAAUGCCCAGCUAGGGAAAAGAAAUACUGAGAGCUCACAUGCUGUCAGAUUUCUCUUUUGCACACUGCCGAUCCCAUUGCAUGUGAGAGCAGCGCGUACUUGAGCGCCGUCAUUAAGUCGUGCUCUAAUGAACCGCGGUGCCCAGGCUUACCCACGGUUCAGCAGUGUGGUGAAAUUGUAAGGUGGAAAUCACACACAUGUGUUGAGGUCAAAUGUUUGCUGAUUGUCAUCAGAUCGCUGCAAGUCUGACCUGUGAAGGAAGAUGUUAGAGUGAGAACCUGAGAAUCAUUUGUCAGAAGCUCAGUUUUUCCCCAGUAAUGAUAACAAAGCAUGAUUGGCAGCCAACACCACAAAAGAAGGAGUAAGAAUAUAAAAGAAAAUAAAUUUUGUUCUCUGCAGCAUUACUGCUUAGUUACCCUCUGGAUUAUGAGUGUGCACACCCUGCCCCACCCUUUCCCCCUUUAUGAAUUUACCUUCCUUUUAUGAAUGCAUGAGAGAAAUGUGAUAUGACACAAAAAUGAGCUAAUAGUUACGGGAGUAGGCCACUAGAAAAUACUGACACAUAACUGAUGGCUGUUACGACCAAACAAGACCAAGACCGAAACAAGUGAACGUGAAAACCCCAGAGGAAACAAGUCAAGCUGUGAGCCAGGAACAGCUUGCAGCCAGCUGGAAGAAAAGCAAAUAGGUAAGGAAAAAGAGUUGUUAAGGGGAUGAGCCAAAUUUUUCUGUAGGUUCCUUCCCGGUGGGAGCUGCAGCCAGCUGAAGAGUCGUUCCAGCUCCUGCAAGCUUCUUUUUUCUCAUGGAUAACACGUAGCCACAAUCUUCUGGCUCCCAGCUCGACAGCCAUCAACGUUUACAACUCUGGUUCAAGGUGGUGUUUAAUAAAUGAUACCCACGCUUCAUCACAUAGUCGCCACCACGUGUCGGCACUUACUUUCCUUGACCUUCUUGCUGCUGUGAACAGUGGAUGAACGGGCGCCGCAGUGAGCAACGUGGCAUACGUCAAGGGAAAGAGUGCCUCGGCCAGAAAAGCAGAUCUUUAUUUAUGUCACUCUCAUGUUUUUAAAAAGUCGAUGGUCCCGUUUUCAGUGUGCUUCUCUGGUACGUGCCCUCACUGCCCUGGUGAUCUCCGGAGCAAGACAGCUGUGGUUAGGAAGGUGCUCGGAGCUGGCAGGACAUCACUGGAGACUUUGGGGGCCGAGGGUUGGCUUUUAGCACUGCAGCUUCACACUAGUGACUAGUACAUGGAGUUUGGGGAUAUACUCAGUCAAUACGUUUCAUAAGCUGAUGUGGUGGUAGGACAGAGUAGCUGAAACUAUAGGCUGUUAUAUUAGUGCUGUUGAUGAUGCUUUGAUACUCGCUGGAACAUUUUUCCCUUCCCCGUUCUGUGCUGUAUUGUCAUUUAUGUCACUGCUUGUGUGUGUUAAACGACUUCUGUGUGAUGCACUUUACACUGUAAAUAAAGUUGCACCCUGUUUAGUACCCAUA